AUGGCGAUGGUGGUCCAUAUGGUCAUGGAAGCGGAAACCGCGGAGAUGUAUAAAUGGUUGCUGUUGGGCACCCCAACAGAUACCGUAUGCAGUAGCUCCGACACUCCAGGGAAAUUGCAUCCUUCGGAGAACUUUGUUCUGGCAGGUACGAACGUAGGUAUCUGCCCGUCUCCUUCCCGCGACGCGACACAAGACGCGUCGUCCCCACAUUCGGCCGUACCAUUCAACACUUCCGUCCCACAACGAGGUGUGGAAAAGCACAAUCGCACUGUCCCCCACUCGUCCCCUCUCUUGUCCUUGCUCGUCAGCAACGGGAACUCGCAAUGCAACAACUGCCAUUUUGCAGCAUACGAAGUGCCUGCCCGGACGAACUGUCCCAUUUUCCAAAUUCCCUCCCCCCUUGCGCAAGCCCGCCGCCAGAAGGCAGUGGCCUUCCACUUCAACGACUGA